AUGAUCUCGGCGGACGUGGAUCGUGGAGAACGCGAGAAUCGCUUCGAGCCCCUCGAGGGGCGCAUCAGAUUUGUCAAACACGUGUAUCACGCCAGCUACGACAAUCGGGCAUGUAUCGAAAUGAGGCACACGAUUCGACCGAUCGGUCGUUCUAGCGGCGAGACAAUUGGAGCAGCGAGAGAAGGAAUGAAAAAAAAAGAGCGUAUAACCAGCAAGGCCAGUGUUCCCUCCUUCCCUCGUGUGGUCGAACGAUAUCUCCUGCAUACUCACGUUCUCAUACUUCCAUGUCCACCAGUUUGGUCCACGAGAAUCUUCGACGAUCGUCCCGGUGCAGCUCGAGCAUCGUUUCGCCAACCUCCUCCUCUACACUCGCCUCUUCUUAAGAUCGGUUUCUUACCCCUCGUAGACGUUGACGAAAUUCCACGAAUUCCACGAUUUGUUUCCUAUCGAUUUUCCCGUGUACUACCAAAGGGGACCAAGACACACUGUGAGAAAAUCACGCACGAUGCAACGAUGCUCGAGUACGAGCCUUCUCUCUCUCGCUUACAGCCUCACCAAGCAUUGAAAUCACCAGGUGCCGAUGAUCAUCGCGAGAGACCAACGUCGGAGGACCUCGUGUUCGCGCGCGCACCGCUUCUUCUGUCGAGGAAGAACGAAGAGGAGGAAUUCCGGGAACAGAUUCACCUGGCGAGCAGAUCUCGAUCUUCCCGUCGAACGUUUUCUGCCACGGUUUUCGUGUGUCCGCCACCUGGAAUUGGGGUCUCGCGACCAAGCGAGGCGGCCACGCGAGAGGUCGAACCUGAAUAUUGCCACCUGCUUCCUUCGACGUUCCAGGAAGAUCUGAGACGACGAGCGGUCGGAAGCGGCCAGUACCGUGACGACCAGUUCCCGAGGAAAACCGGAGAAAUCGCCUCCGCGAGAUCCCACAUGAAUGUGAGUGCCGAUCUUCCUUUCACGAGUGCCAUUAUAUCGGUGCCCGUGCGUGACGUUGCCCGUGGUGCGUCCUUUGUUUUCUACCAGCUCGCCGAUACUCAACAGCAAAAGGAAGCGGAGCAGAAGCAACAACGCCGACCACCGACCCCGCCGAAAGCCCCGCCACCGUCGCUCUCCGGAGACUGUGGUGACCCAGACUACGAGAUCAUCGAAUUUCCGACCCGACCGCAAGCACAGAAGUGCUCCUCGACACCGGGCAUCACGUACAAAUGUGCACUGUGCGGCACCGAGAACGUGUUCGCCCGUUGCGACAUUUGCAAUGGGAAUUACUGCGAGGCCUGCGACGACAUGAACCACAAGCACCCGAAAAGAAAGAAUCACGUGCGGAGGAGGAUCUUGACCGAUCUGGCAACGAAGACACGGCCUCCACUUCCGCCGAAGGGAGACAAUUUGUCGAGCCCGCCGCCGAUCCCGCCGCCAAGGAGAAACCGCAAGAACGCUCAGGCUAAAUCGACGCAAAACCAGGGACCCACGAAUCUCUCCUUGAUCGAGAGAGUCGGCAGCUUGAAGCGAGCUCUUCCAAACACCACCAGGCCACUGUCAGCCACGCUUGACGCGAAAACAGUAUCGAAAUCCAUGCAGUCUGUGAAUACCACCGUCAACGAUGGCAUAGGAUCAGGAUCAGGAACUGACAAAAUGUCCACGCUCCAGGAAAGGUACAGGAAAUAUCAGGAAGCGAUGAGAGCGCAGGAUGCGAACAGAAGGAGACAUCCUCCCUCUGAUAUUUCGAGGGACACGCUGAAUGCGAGGCCGUUGAGUAUAGGCAGCCCGAAACUCUCGUCCCCGGUGCCGCCACCUCCACCGCCUAGAUCGAUGAUGCAAUCGGCCAGCGUUUGCGAUCUAUCGUCGCCACACAUGUGGAAUCCCGGAAUGCAUCAGGCACAGUCAAUGGCGCAUCUAGGUGCUGCAGGCAUGCCGAUAAUGUGGUAUCCGCCGAAUCCACCGUGGGACGUGACCAUGGGAGGUUCCACGAUGAGUUUAAAUCACCCAGCAAUGUGGGGUUAUCCUAUGGGAUUCCCUCCGUCACAAAUGCUUCCACCGCACUAUCCUGGCUCCCUGUCAAGGCCACAUAGUCCAGCAAGAAGCGUGAAAUCGAGCAGAAGGUCCAGAGUAGCCUCGCCGUCGCCCAGUCUGAAAUCUAGAAAGUCACUGGCCAGCAGAUCACGGUCGAGAAGAUCGCAGGGAUCGCCGUCAGACGCCAGUUCCGAAGACUCUGGCGACUCAGACUUCGACGACAGGCUCUCUAAGAGCUCCAGACGUGGGAGUGUGUCUAGGAGUGCGAGGCAAAGAAGCUAUCACGAAGACGAUGGCUCUAGAAGCUUGCUAAAUAGAAAUCGUCGCGAACGAUUAGCUUCCGAAGAAAAGAUGACUGGCGCCGAGGAUCAAUGGUCGGAGAAUCACUCUGUCAAACGAUAUCCCACAUCGGCAAAGAGCUAUGACGCUGAAUUCCAAAAGAACACUGUGAAUUCACGGCGACGAUACGACCAAGACGAGCGCAGGCCGUCCAGGCUGGAUUCGCGAUUAGAUCGCGUUCAGAACGGUAGCUAUCGUCGAAGACAAAGCACAGACGACGACUCCUCGGACAGACGAUCCACGUUGCAUACGCGAUCUAGAGUGACCAGUUCCUCCGACGACCACUUCGAGAGAUCGGAGACUGUUUCCCGACGAAGGGACGACGAGCUAGCCCCAAGAAGAGCUUCCUCCGUCAGAAGAGAAAUAGCCUUGGACAAUCUCGAAAGAUCCUCUCGCAGAGACUCUCGAAGAUCGUCUAUAGACAGCGACACGCAGAUUAGCAGAAAGACCCCUUCCAGAGAAGUUUCUAGAAGAAUCGAGGAAGCAGAGAGAAUCGAUCACUCGCGAUACAUCAGGGACGAAGACGACGUGCCACGUGCUACGAAGAACCUGCAAAGUCGCGAACCGUCGCGCGACAGAGAAAUCGUUUCAAGGAGAAACUCCUCGUUGAGAAAGGAAUCUUCGGUCGAGGAAACAGAGAGGACUGUCGUCAGAAGACUGUCCCAUGAUUCUGACAGUCAGAGCACUAGGAAAACUCCAUCUCGCGAGUCAGUCUCUAGAAAGAUUCGCGAGAACGAGGAUCAAGACGUGGCGCGAUCUGCGAACAAGAAUCCAGAAGAAGCUCGACGAAGAUCUAUCGAACGAGAGAAAAGAAGCGAAGAAGCAUCGGUAAGGAAAAUGGAGAACGAAAGAGGUAAACGUUUGGAGAUGACGUCGCCGAUAAGCAAAGAAGAGAAGCGUGAAACGUCGACGAACGUUGAUCAAGAAAGAUCGAAGAAAGAAGCAAAGUCGAAAGAUGAGUCGAGUGCCACGAUGGAAAUUCCAAAAGAGGAGUGGGCCUGCGAGCAUUGUACUUUCAUAAAUGACCUGAAGGAUCGUGUCUGCGUCGUUUGUUGCAAAACGAGAAGCAGCGCACUACCGCCAACGAGCAACGAAGAGAAUCAAGAAGAUGUUCCAAGUGACGUGAGUGAAAUCCCUAAGAUGAAUGAAUCGGCGACAAUUUCCAGCAACGUCGGCGAGCCCAGCCCCGACUUGGAGAAAAGGACCAGCCUGUUAAAAAUUUCGAACAGCGAAGAGAGCGGGGACAGUGGUUCCACAAAGAACAAAGGUAGAGCAAGGCGCAAAAUCAGCUUUUCCUUUGAUUCCGCAACGCUCGAAGAAUCCGCUGCAACUGUCGCGCAGAAAUCAAUCGCUGAAUCAUCGUCGCCAGUGGUAAGAAACGAGACAAACGAGAAUAUCGACGCACCAAUCAAUACUUCGAAAAUAAACGGGGAAGAAUCAAUGAGGCGACCAAUGCUUGGGAAAAUCCCAAAAAGCCAUUCGGUUUCCACCGGAACCUCCCCUCCUCCUCAAAGUAUUUCCACUCAAAAGGAUGCCGAGUGUCUGUUUCAGGAACAAACCAGGCUCGCCAAUAGUCCAGACCUGUAUCCGCGAACGAUUCAGGAGCAGUAUCUUCAACAGCUGAUCAACGCGCCGAACAGAGAUCGUACGCGAAGAAAUUCCAUCGACUCCGCCCACCUUUAUUACCGUUCCAGGGAACCGAGCCAGCCGAGGUUCUUCGAAGCCGCUGGCCCAAGUUCGCAGGGAGUUUCAACGUUGACGAGGCAAGGCUUGGAGAUCGUGGAGCUUCUCAGGGAAGCGGAGAAACACGGUUAUUCCACGGACGAUGUUCAGGUGGCCCUGUCGCAGGGUGCAAGCGACCCGAUCGACUGGUUGAAGACGCAGUGGCCCCAUUUGGUGGAAACUGUGCAAGUUUUAGCCAGCACUCAGGGGAAAGAGUCGAAGGAAAACAAUAUCGGGCUGCUUUCCGAGAUCGAAGCGAAGGAAGCCUUGAGAGUUGCGAAAGGAGACGUUUGGAGCGCCGUCGCGAUGGCUAUUCAACGUAGGCAGCUAAAGUGCGAGGAAAUUAUGAGGAAAGGCAACUUCGCAAUGGCAGAAGUGGUGAAAGCGUUGGAAAAUAAUUCUGGUGCCGAGGACGCGGCUUUGUUCGAGCUGCAAAAGAAUCAGCUCAAGCCGUUCCUGAUGAGGAUUUGGGGUCCUCCGGUUGGGGUGGAAAACGACGAGGCUGCACCGCGGGAAGACACGGCAGGUGCGGUCGGUGGUGGAACGGAUGGUUCCGAACAGGUUACCAACGUGUCAGACGCGGAAGCCAGGAAGCAGGUAAUGUCACCAAUCGUAGAAAAUUUCAUCACGUUGCAGGCCGACUUUCAAAAGCAACUGGCAGCCCUCAAACAACUGACCGAUAACUGGCAACACGAGAAAGAUCCCCUGAACACGCUCGGUAAUAAGCCUGAUAAUCUGUAUGAAGUUAACAACACUGACGAUCGAACCGUUCUAAUCGAUAAAAAUCUGGUCCCAAGGGCCGUACAAGACCUCGAUGUAGCCAACACUGUUAAAGCAUUGGAGAACGAGAAAUCAAAACGAGCUAGUCCGGACGAUGCUAAAUUAUUAACAAUUGAUAAGAAGCAAGAACAAAAUAACGAUUCUGCCGUAAAAGCGAUUAACAGUCAAACUCAGGAUCCAACAGAGUGUUCGUCGAAUCAGAAUCGAAUCGACGAGAGUAAGCAGGAAUUAACUGAGAUGGAAACAGUUUCACACGUAGAAGAAAACAAGAGAGCAAUUCGAUCGAACGGGUUUCAAGCAGAAAGUGCAGGAAAUAUCGAUCAAAUUUCGCCCACCGUGGAUUCUGAAAUUAUUAACGCAACUGUUACACUUAAAGAUCACGAUCGGAAUAUCAGUUCUCCAAUAAGUUCAAUACAGAAAGAUAGUCGAAGUCAGUCGAAGAGUUUGUCAGAGAAGAAUCCAAACGAACAAAAGACGAAAGAGAUCUCGGUACCUGAUGCAAGCACAACAAAAGAAGGAAGAAAUAUAGACGAAGAAGCUGUCUCGUCCUCCCGUAACGUAGAGAAAGAGUCAUCGCAUAAAGCAGAGGCUGGAACGACCGAUGUAACCAUAUCGAAAGAGAAUAUAAAGCAAACGGUGGCGAUGAGUUCGGAAGUAGCCGAGGCAAAGGGAAAGGAUGGUGGUUCACGCGCAAAAGAAAGCGAAACAACGUCCCAAAAGAGAUCGGACGAAGCCGAGCAAAGCAACCAAGAAGCAGAUAAAGCCUCUUCGUCUUCGCGUUCGAUGGAAAACGAAACGCCGUCCCGAAAGACCUCUGACCCUCAUCAAAGAGCCGCGCAAGUAGAUAAAGACUCCUCUUCGGCGGAGAGUAUUCCUUUGCGAGCUAACGUAUCGCACCACGAUUUGCCUCAAAGCACAUCGAAGACGUCCUCCGAGUCGACUCGAGAUUCCCCGCCAGCUGAAAUCCAACGAAAUCUAACAGACCAAACGCCGAGGCAAGGCGCGGAGGUAACAACUUCCACGGAAUUAAUCGCGACUCUUGACAAUUCCACCGAAGAAGACGAGGACGCGAAGAUUUCGCGGGAUAUAGAGGCAGCGAAUGAAGAAACGGCGGGAUCGUCGGAUAUAUCAAGGCCUAGAAAGGAAGAUACGAAAGUAGAGUCGAGUAACAUUAUCGAAGGAGCGCAGUCGCCGAUAAUUGCGGCUGAGAGUGGCUUGGCAAAUCAAAGUUCUGGAAACGUUUCGCCGGGAAAAGGCAACGAGACGCAAGUAGCCACGGUGGAGGCGCUGUUAUCCGUCGUGAAAUCGCUGCCAGAGCAAUUACUCGGUCCUUUCAUAUCGGCGAUGCAGAUGCUGUCGUCGAAGAAAUCGAGCAACGAGACCGAUGUUGCAACAGAGGAUCGGAAUCCCUCGCCUCUUCGAGCCUCCUCCGAAACUGGGUCUGGCAAAAAUGAAAAUGUAUCUCUCGGGGAAGUCGGGAAUGCAGUCGGGGUGCCCGCCCGCUCGGAUGUAGCGAGAACUGAAACAACAGAAACGACCGCGGCUGACAUCGAAAAGCUACAAGAUCUCGAAACGGUACGUAAAAACGAAGAGAGCGAUAGUAUUUCGCGUACUAACGUAGAAAGGGGGGCGAUCGAAGGAAAAUUUAACGGGAUUCGGAUCCCGGGAGACGCGGCAGCGCAGUUGCAGAGCGGAGAGAAAAUUGAAACGGCGAUAAUCAAAGUAAGUUCACAAAAAUGUUCUCCGGAAGUUGCAGUCACGAACGAUACUAACAGCGAUGAAAUAUUCGAGAAGGCAUCUAAUUCCGCGCAAUCGCGAGAGGCUUUAAGUAUCAAUUCAAAGGCAUCGAAUUCAAAGACAGAAAUUGAUUCACCCCAUCAUCACAAUCACGCUGACGCGAAUCCGGAAAUUCAUACACCGUACGAUCCAUCGAUUCAUGAACGAUCAUCGUCAAAGGAAGCUGACAAGCCUUUCGCAAACGACAUCAAAGAUCCUCGGUUUAACAAUGCAUCUUUGAACGGCGUAUCACUCACCAGCGAUAGUUCAACGAGACACAACGAGACCAUUGGCGCACAAUCAUUAUCGGAUGAGACGUCAUCCUCGUUCGUACGUGACUCGGGAACGUCUGAAUCAUCCGACAUGCGAAUGUCCACCGUCGUGACUUUAGCUAGCGAUGAUAAUCGUGUGAAAUUAAUUGAUGCCAGUUUGGUAACUGACAAUGGACGACCUGAGGAUAAUGUGGUCGUUCCUGGCCGUAAAUCGCAUGAUAAUAAUCAUACUAAUUCGAUCGUAACCCAAGCAACAUCUCCUCAGUCUGCUAACCUUGAGGACAAUUCUACAGGUCACGCAGUCCCAGAAAAUUCGAAUAUCGAAUGGCGGAAAAUUUCUGGAGAUGAUUUCGCUAAAGAUUCGGUACAUGUUAGGAGCGAGGCUGGGGGGAAAAUCUCGGAGGAUUCGAAGAUUGUCCGAGAUGAGAUUUCUAAAGAAAGCACAGUUGCUGCUCGAGAUUCUUCGAAGGAUUCUGGGACAACUGAGGAAAUUUCUGUAACUUCUAAGACCGCUGCAAAGACUCCCAAAGAUUCCGAGAUCGACGGAAUUCUUGCUGAUGCCGAAUCCUUUGAAAUUUCGAUGGAUUCUGCGCUAACACGCGCAAUAUCGGAAAACAAAGAGAUCUCUGAAAAUUCUAAAAACAUUAUUAUAUCCGAUGUCGAUCCUGAGACUAUGGUCUCCGAGUCUUCGAAAGAUUUUACAUCCAACUCAAAUGAAUCCAAAGUUUCUAUCGAAGAAUCCUCGAAAGUUCCUUCAGAUUCUAAUAUCGUUGCUCACGAAGUUCGAGAGAAUUCCCAGAUUGAUCCACGUAACAUUUCCAAACAACCGGACGUUAAUACUCGCAAAUUACCCGAAGAAUCCGAGGUCCAAGAAAUUCCCAACAAACCAACGUUAAUCGUUCACGAGAUCCCUACACCAGGCUUGCACGUAUCUGAAAAAGUAGAGCAGCCUAUCUCUGUCGCGUGUCACAUUCCCCGGUGCAACGACAAGAUCGAUAGUUCGCCAAUAACUUUGGCAAGUAAAUCCGCCAACUCUAAAGGAACCGCCGAGCAAAUUAAUAUUAAAUUAAAGCCCGAGAAUAGGGAUCAUCCUGUGCCAGUGUCUGCUUCAAAGAUUAACGACGUGACAAAAGAUUGCCCGCUGGAAAUAAAAGAAGAUUCUCCGACAAUCGUCGAACAGAAUAAUUUAAACAAAUCGAUGGCAGCAAUCGACCCGAAGAACGAGCCAGAGAUAAGAAAGAACGAUCCAGAGAUAGUUUCCUCCUCGAUAUCGAACAACCACGAGGCAAAUAAAGCUGGUGAAGAGCUCGUGAAUACCGAACCUACGAUCGUAACUAUCUCAAGUGAUGCUACUUGUAUUUCCGGUUCCUCAUUGAACUCGUAUGCUUUGGACACCGAAUCUGCCGUUAACAAGCUAAACUCUACGGAUACUAACAACAUUCCAAAGUGCCUCGUUACUCCUAAUAACGAUAUAUCGUAUAAUGCGAGCUCGAACUCGAGCGAAGAAAAUCGAGCCAUCGAGUUAAAUCUGGCCGAUACGAAUCAGGAAACUUAUUUCGUUUCUAGAAACGUGCCUAGAAACCUUGACAAAUGCGCCAGUACGAUUCCCUGCGACGAUAGAAGUAUCGCAAAGGAAAAUUCGAACGAUCACGCGUCGCAUUCAUGUACUCUAGCCUCGAGUAAGGUCGAAGAAGAUGAGACAGGAAACACCGGAUUAUUUGUUAAAGAUUCUGUAAAUGUAUUGGAACUCGAAUCGAGCGUUGAAUCCAGUAAUAAUUUACAGGCUGAAUGUUCAAUUGUAGGAAAUAUUAAUGAUGUUCCUCCCGGAGUACCUGAAACGAUAGAGAUUAAGAUCAUAGAAUGUCCCAUGAUAGCGGUGAACGAUUGUGCGCCAAUAAAGAUCGUAGAAAGUUCAUCGGGGAAGCUACCGAUCGAGACGGUAAAACUGCAAGCAGAGAGCGCGGCCGAAGCACGCGAGAUCGUAAAGAUUUCGGGAGAAAGCGCGGCGAACGACGAAAAUAAUGAAGUAGAUGCAAAUGAAGUUGAUAAGACGGCCACGUCGAGAGUUGCAGUCAAAGAGAGAUCCAAAUCUCCUGCCAAAAAGAUCGGCAGAAGGAGGUCUCCUGUGAAAGUGGUGAAAAAGCCUACCGGCAUACCGAGGAGGAAUUUUGGAAAAGUUAGCCCGAGAGGCACGACGGUUGCGAAGGCGAAAGAGACCGCCGCUGAAAUAACUCGACGAUCUUCGACUUUAUCGUCGAGCCAAACGUCAAGGAGAAGCCCGGGGAAGACAACUGCUAAAAUUGUAAAAAACGCUCCAUCGAAUAACAGCCCGUCAAAUGAAACACGGUCGUUGAUUAAUUCCAGACAGAAGCAAAUUCCAAGAAAUUCGAAAUCCACGGGGACGAAAGCGACUGUAGAAAAGAAAUCGUUGUCCAAGGGUUGCGAACAAAUUAAGAAACCGAUCGUACCUGUUAAUGAUAAAAAGAGUGAGGUAAUGACUGAAAAGUCUACGAGUAGCGUAUUAAAAUCCUCUUUUCUUUCGAAGAUCCCCGUGUUCGUAGCGAGGCGUCGCUCUCUUCGACAAAUGCAAGAGGCUCCAAAAAGUUCUCAGCCGUCUUCGAAGGCAGUAUUCGGUGACCGGUUAACUAUCACCUCGGCGAAGCCAUCGAUCAUCCAGCAAAUAGCGAGAAAAAGUAUUUCAUCUGGAAAUGCUUUGAAGAUCAGUGCAGAGCGGAAAACUGACUCGGACAAAGUCGGAAAUUUAAAUAGCAGAGAGACGACGAUCGUAAAAACUGAAGCCCCACGGACGUCGACUUCCGAGGGGAAUGAAAAAAAAAUGAAAUCCGCGAUGAUAUCGGAGAGAAAUGACGAGGAAGUAGACGCGACAGUAGAGUCGAACUCUGGAGAUCAAACGAUAUCCAAAGAAUCGGAUUUAAAUGACACGACUUCCAGCGAGGAAUACGAGCUAGAAGUUUCAGAUAACGAUUCUUCCACUUCCGACUUCGAGAACGCAACGGAAUCCGAAAUGUCAGAAACGGAGAAACAGCUUUCCGAUUGCACGUUGGACAGCAUGGAGGAGCUAACCGAUGCUGAAAUUAUGCUACAGGAAACAAUUAACGCGAUAAAAGCAAAAAUAUCCGAUUCGGAAUUCGAAGAUUCUGAAAACGAGUCACAUAUCACUGAUAACGAGAGCCAGGAAGAUUCUAAUUCCAGUGAAAUUUCCAUGGAUAUUAAAGAUUCUUCCUUUGAAGAAGAAGAAGAAGAAGAAGAAGAAGAAGAGGUAGGAGAACAAUUUAAAAAGGAUAAAGAAAUAGACGACGAAAAACUGGAUUAUAGCAUUUCGUCUGAAGAGGACGAAACUUUGAAAGCUGAUAACGUUGAUGUGAGAAGCCAACGAAGACAAAUGACAAGUGUCCAUAAUUUAGACAACAAUGCUAAGGAAACGUUAAAGGAUAUCGCUUCUGAAAGUCAUUCCAUUAAAAAGCUUGAAGAACAAUUAAAGAACGGUAGAGACACGAUUACAGAUAAGUCUAAUAAACCGAAGUCUAAAAAACUUGAAACGAACAACAACACCGGUAAAAACGUAAAGAUUAAAACAGAUCCUAAGACUGAGGUCGCGAAAGCGAGACGUACGAGCGACAGGCGAGUGAAAACGAGUCGUAGAGCGAGCACAGGCUGUGACAAAGGGGCAGAUCAGGGAGGAACGUCAAAGAAACGAUUCUCCUUGGUGGCCAGUUGUAUCCGUCGGUUCGAGGGCGAAGAAAAAACAGAACGGGAAUACGUGGAAAGUAGGAGCGGCAACUUGAUGACAGGGGGAUCUCCCAAAACGGAGAGGGAGGUCAGUAGACGUCAGUUGUCAGAAUCACUUAGAAUUGCUCGACGCCUCUUAGCAGAAGGAAAAGCGUCGAACUACGAUGAGGCGGAAGUGGCUGCCAGUUUGCUAGCCCUGAAGUUCGGAGACGUCGAGGCUCUCCAAGCAGCCAAAGAGUGUUCCAGUAUAGAAUCGGCAUUGGCUUUCUUACAACAGGAAUGCGAGCUUUGCACUGGUCGCUUUGCAAUGAGCCAGAUAGUGUCCAUGUUGAAAUGCGUGCACCGUUGCUGUAACGAAUGCGCGAAAAAUUACUUCACGAUUCAAGUCAGCGACAGAAACAUCACGGAUGCAGUUUGCCCGUUUUGCAAGGAGCCAAAUCUAAAAGACGCCAGCGAAGACGAGGUGUUAGAAUAUUUCAGUAACCUGGACAUACAACUGAAGACACUUCUGGAUCCUCCGAUUCAUGAACUCUUCCAAAGGAAGUUGAGAGACAGAACAUUAAUGCAAGAUCCGAACUUCAAGUGGUGCAUUCAGUGGGAGAAACAGCACCAAGGAAUUACGUGCGAGCAAUUUGCUGCUUGGAAAGACGAGAAUGACCCGGAUAAUCAAGCCGCCGGCUUAGCCAAGCACCUCGCGGAUAAUGGGAUAGAUUGUCCUAAAUGCAAAUUUCGCUACUCCUUGUCCAGGGGAGGUUGUAUGCAUUUUACGUGCAGCCAGUGCAAAUAUGAAUUUUGCUGUGGUUGCGGGAAAGCGUUCAUGAUGGGAGCAAAAUGUUCGGUCAGCCCGUAUUGCGCAAAACUGGGCCUUCACGCACAUCAUCCACGAAACUGUCUGUUCUAUCUUCGCGAUAAGGAACCCGUGCAGUUGCAACAACUGUUAAGAGAUAAUGGAAUCGAGUAUGACACAGAGGGUCCGGCCGGCGAGCGCAAAUGCAAAGUGCAACUGCAGAAAGAAACUCCCACUGGUGUUGUAGACGCGGUAUGCAAUUCAGAUGUCGUUCAGGGACACGCCGGCUUGUGCAGGCAGCACUACAUUGAGUACUUGGCGGGCCUGGUACUGAAGGGCAAACUGGAUCCCGUGGCGAUUUUUGACUUGAACGAUGCCAAGCAAGAGCUGCGCCGUCGGGGAAAAGUUCCCCCUGCGAAGGACCAGGAAAUGUCCGAGCGGGAUUAUCUCGAGGCGUGCAUUCAGGUGACUAACAACUCCUCUCCCGCACUCCUGCCCCGACAUACUGACCGAAUUAACAAGAAAUGCACGAAAGUAGACCUUCACGCAUGACUUUCACAGCCGAAAAGUGCGACAAUGAUGUGGUGACGCACAAGCGCCUGCACGUUGCCAAGAAAUAGAGAUCUGCAAUUGUACAUUAGAAUUAGUUUUUCCUCUUGUACAGUUUGUUGGUUUUUCUCUUAUUAAAAUGAACAAUAAUUUUCUAUACCGUUAAGAGGAUUUUAUUUUUAUAGGUUGUACAGAAGGAGAUUCCACUGGAGUGAUAGUAGGAGAGUAAUUAAUGUGCAACUUUGUGUGAAUCACGCUUUUGAUGUAUCAUGUAUAUUUAUUUUAUCGUAUGGACAAUACUGUAGAGAACAAUUGACGAUUAAAAUAACCAAAGAUUGAAAAUUUUUUAGUAUUUAAUGUACAAAAAUAAUGUCUUUUAGAAUAGGAUUUUGAAAAACUAAAUAUCAGUCUUUUUAUUCUUCACUCUCUUUGUUUUUUCGUCUUUCUUUUUUUUCUUCAUAAAGGAAGCGUGACGAAUGUUUUCUAUGUUUCUAUGUAAUAAAUGAGAAUUUGUGUUUUCACAUUUUAUAUGACACUUUAAUAAUAAAUUAAUUUUCAACAAAGUUCUGUUAAAAAACUAUGUAAACUCGUCCUUUUUCGAGGUGUUGCUUCUUUAUUCACCAUGUCUUUCAAUCGAUUUAUAUUUAAUUUUUUUAUCUUUUGAGUUGGUGUUGCGACUGUCGUACUUUCUACUUUUCUUAUGUUUGUUUGUUUAAAUUCUUCUGUAACAUUUGAAUUUGAAAUUCCAGAAAUAUUUAAACCAGCAGUUCUAUCCUUGGUUCUCUUUUUCUUCCGUUUUGCUUUACCUUCAAUAUUUUUUAUUUCACUCUUCUGUAUCUUUUCCCUUUGUGGCUUAUCAAAAGGUAUCUUUGUACUUUUUGAACAGACUGAACAUUUAAGUACUAAUUUGUUCAUUUUACUUUUUAUGCAUUUUUCUGCUAAACUUCUUUGAACUUUAUGUAUUCUUUUCUCACCAUUAUUCAUAGAAUGUAUAAUUUUUUUAAUGGAUUUAGAGAGUGGUCUACCUCGUAAUAUUCUAAUACUAUAGUUCAUAGUAUUCCAGAGUGAUCCACAAAAUGGACACAUCAUAGAUGGACCAAAACUCUGAGAUGACAGCUGUAUUCCAUGACUAAAUCUUUUACAUCUUUCCCUAUGGUACAAUAAUAUUAAACAUAUAAUAUAUAUUCAAUUACUUCUUUGCUCAAAGUACAUGCAUAAUUUCUAAUACUACACACAAGUAAACAAAGUAUAGCUUACAUGUAAAAUGUUUGCAAAUUUUUGCUUUGUGAACAAUUUAAUUUCGUAAUAAAUUGAUUCACAUUCCAUAAAUGAUUUAUUUUUUCCAUAUUUUCCAUAUUUUUUAUUUACACACGCGAAAAAAAAGAGAAAUAAUUCAAAAGCAGAAUGUUUUAUUCGUAUUAUAUACUGCAGAGUGUUAGGUUAG